ACGGCAAGUCCUUCCAAGUUCAAACCCCUAUUUCCUCGGGAUUUUAUGCAAUUUAUCCUUUGGCUUUUCUUUAUAUUUCAAGUGGGGUUUUCCAAAUCUUCUUUCUUGUUUUUUAUUUUGACUUCUUUUAUCUUUGCGGUUUCCUUUUGUUUUCUUGCUUUUCUUUUGCUUUCUUUUGCCUUUUUGGUUUCUUUUUCUAGAGAGAGGCUUCUUCGAUUUUGUGUGCCGGUUGCGUCUGCCAUGGCCAUCGAUCCUUCUGCUUCCAGUUCUUUACCGACUCUGGUUUUUGUUGGUUCUUCUUCUGCUGAUGGGGUGGGUACUCCUCUUUCUUCUUCUUCGUCAGAGUUUUUUGAUGUUUUCUGCUUUCCCCGUCGUGCAGAUGGGAGGUUUGUUGUGAAAGGUGCUUCAUGCCAUGUGGAGAGGGAUCCUGUGAUUCCUUCUAUCCUUACAGAGGUUCCUUUGGUUUCUUCUUCAGAGGGUGGAAGGGUUGUCCUCCUUUUAGGCUCGACAAACUUGUUUUGUGAUCUUGACAAGGUUUUUCCUCCUCAACAUCCCAUGUGUUGCGCAACAUUUCAAUGCCUUCCUCCUGAUAUGUGUGUCUACAAGGAUCAAUUCGCAUGCGGGUUGCGUUUUCCUUUGCAUCCUUUUAUCCUUAAAAUCUGUGAUGGAUUUUCAAUUAGUCUACCCCAAUUGGCUCCUCGUGCUAUUGUUGAUUUGUCUAGGAUGUGGGAGAGAACUCCGUCUUCCUCUGUUAUUCAGUCUUCUAAGGAGUCUCCUGAGAGUAGAGCCUUUGCUUUUUCUAGUAGCUUGGGUUACUUCAAUCUUGCUGUCAAGCUCAUCAAGAUGUUGCUGUGGAGAUCUCUAGUUGAAGUAAAGAAAAGAUUGAGCAACUUUUGGGACGCAGAGGAUUUUACUACAACUAUUCACAGUAGGAGUAAAUCUAUUGAUGUGGAGGUUGUCAAGGUAUCUCUCUUGAGCUUUUCAAGCCUCUUGUUGAACAUGUUUUUAUGUUGCAGUGCACUGGUUGUGUUUUAAGAACAUCUGCUUGCUAAACAAAUGUUCUGUUUCUAACUUAGUUUUGGUCAUGUUUGGUAUUGUGACUUUUCACCGAAACCAUAUCAAGAUUUUUCUUAGGAAGCUUUGCUGCUUCUUUAUUCAUACUAUGAGCUUUUAUAGUUUUUCUUUAUCCUAACAUUAAAAUUAAUGUAAAUUU